UGUUCUUAAUUUAACACCAACUUCCUGCAAAUCGCCCCACCCCUGUGUUUGGAUGUCGAAUUUCAAUCAGUUUAUUGUCAGUGAGUUUAGAGGUGUAGGCGUAGUCUGAGACGAGUUUACUUUUGUUGUCUGGAUGCAAAAGAGAAAACCACAACAGUUUUUUGUGAACGACUUUCUUGACUGAAGAGCUGAGUACCAAACAACUGAUAGUUUCCUAAAUGUGCCUACAGUACCCACCUGACCCCUACAUCAUAACUAUUUGGAAGAUCUACACCCUGAAUGGAUAAUGGAUGUGGUAACUGACAACAUCUUUAGCAUACAGCUGGCACUGGGUGUGAAAGCCCUGUUGAACCUGUCUGUCAUUGGUUUGAAUUGGCAGUACAUGCAUAAGAGCUUCAUGGGAUACUUCUGCAUUUCUUUGGCAUUCCUCGACCUCGUCCACAUUGUGAACUUCUCCGUCAUUUACUGGUUGACAAACUUUGCCAUCCUGGGUUUCCAUAUUACCAUCUACCACAUCUACCUCUUUCUCCAAAUCUCCACGCACACUUAUAGCAUCCUGCACUGGCCCGUUUUCAUAAUCGCCGGGCUGGACUCCUACUGGACUUUCCCAUUCAGGCCUUUAAGCCUAACCCGAAAGGCUGUGUACGCGGCAUCCCUAGCACUUGUAUGGAUUUCAGCCAUAAUGUAUGUGUUUUUUAUUUCUUAUUACGAUUCUGAAGACAGUUUCUCAACCAUGGAGCACCACAGCUUUCUUCUCAAGUCCCAGUGCGCCUCUCUCUCCUUGGUGGUCCUGGCAGUUAUUACCUGUGUUGUUCUUUACUGCCGGUCCGGAUUUCUGAGUUUGUUCAAAUCCUUCAGGGGCGGGUCCUACACAGAGGGGUCUACCUCUGUUUUCUUCUACAACCUGGACUUGAAUGAGGGUUACUUCAAGAAGCCGAUAUUGACUUACAUUGCUGUGUGCUUUAUUGGUACCUGGUUCCCAUUUGUUUGUUUGCAGUUAAUCAUUUUGGUGUUCAGCACAGAAGUCGACCCCUUCCUGGAGUUGAAUGUUCCCUGGCUUUGCUUUCUCAAUAGUUUCCUGAUAGGAGCAGUGUACUGGCACUUGAACCAGGACAUUGUUGUUUUGAAGCAAUGUGAAAUUCCGGAUGGUUUCUGCAACUGGGUUUUUUCCCCCAAUCCUGAUUGCAUAAAGAAGGCAUUGCCAGACACAACAUCAGUUACAGUAGCACUAAUUAUCACUCCCUAGUGACAUACUGGAAUAGCCAGAGAUCAGGUCACUAGACCCAGGCAGCAAGCAAUGGUUAGCAUCCUGCUCGCACCAGAUUGCUGAUAUUGGCAAUGGAAAAUUGGAUGGGAACCAUUUUCUUGACACUGGAACCAGAGGUCAGCCAUUGAUCGUCAGUUCUAAUUGAUAAGUGGGCUGCAAAUCGGCGACGUGACAGUUGAAUUGGAUGUUUCAAACGGGGUACAAAAUCCAGGAUAAAAUUGGCAAAAAAAAAAAAAAAAAGAUUUAAGUGCACUUCAAUCUACAUACAAUAUUUAUGCAUGUACUUUCACAUCUUUUCAGGGACUCUUAGCAUUGCACAAUGCACUCAGUUGUACUGGAACUAUUCUUUACUUGAUCUAGAACGACUAUCAUCAAGGAGAUAAGAAUCUUAUAUACUUAAACACCAGAAAGUAUAUUCAUGUACUUGUUAGUUUGGGUUAUGUAAUGCACCCAGCAACACAUUGUUUUGUAAAAAAAAAAUGAGUCAAACUUUAUUCAAGCUUGAAAAAUCGCUUUCUAAAAUGUACAAUACAUGAUGUUAUAGAUGUUUUUAUGAAUAUCUUUAAUUGUAUAUAUAGCUCUAUUUAGACACACAUUACAAAAGAUAAAAACACUCACAACCAUAUCUAAGAAAGAAAAAAAAACAGCACCAUAUAUGAAAACUUUUUUUUUUUUUUAAAGAACUGAAGUGUCUUCCUCUUUUUCUGUUAAAAUUACCUGAUUGUUUAACUGAAAUUUAACGUCCAACAUCGACAUAAAUACGGGUUUCUGUGCAUUAUACCCCAUUCACACCAGCAACAUUGUUUUAAAUAUACUAAUAUAAUCAGUGGACAAAGUGUAAUGUUGUGUUUACAUCCCCUACACUCACAAGUCACAAAGUUAAUGUAAUCGAUAACCAAAAAAAACCCCAAAAGCCUCAUGUUUGCCAUUACUGUCGCAUUUUAUGAUAUAAAAGCAAACCUACAACCAUAUAGAUUAAUUGUACUCUAAGAUACCAAGAUUCCAAAACCCUUUGAAAGAUAAUCUCCUAUCACAAAGAUAACAAUGCAUGUAUGACAUAAAGUAGGCCUAUCCCUUGAAAACAUUUACCAUUCUUUUAUUAAAAGUCUCACUGCUACAGUAAUUUGUAAAAAGUAAAAUAAAUAAAUAAAUAAAAUAAACAAAUAUAUACAUUUUGUUACUAGUAAGGGGGCUCCUGUUAUACACUUUAUUAUACUUAAUUUAAACAAAAUGAAUCAACAUUUGUAAGCGGGACUGUGACGAUUUGCCUCAUAUUGAAGUACUGUUCUGGAUUCCCUCCGGAGGUGUCCUGGGAUUUGAGCAUGCGUUCCCCGGACACAACAGAAACCAGUUUAUCUAGUUAUGAUUCGAAUCCUUUUCCUAUUGCUAUAGACUAUUGUUUGUGUCUUAUACAAAUUUUCAUACAAUGACUUUACGUUUUAUAUUUAUCAUAUUGACUUGAAUAUAUCUGAAAUGUUCUGUGCCUUCAUUAUUGUUCAAUAUGUUUAUAUGUUUACACCACUGUCCUGUUAUAGAUAGUGUCUGUUUAGAAGAAAAUAAAUACUUCAGUGAAUUGUUAUGAUGUUUAAUUUCCAAAUGUGACUCCAGUUGUAUAGAACAGGACCAAGAAGCCAGUUUUUUGGCAAACAUGAGAAAUCUCAAAUCACCAUCUCAAUCAUCUCAUACAACAAAGAAGGAUUGUAUCUGAAAUUCAGCCAUCCUUGCCUUGUAUUUCAGAACAUGAAAACAGAAACAGUUCAUUUGCAUUAACUUUUCCCUUGUUUUCAGGGGCACAUGUUUUCCUCACCUUCUCUUUUUGCCUGGAAAUGGUGACUCUUAACUGAAGCUAAUGGUACAACUCCAGAUUUACCAACGUUAGGAAGUUUAGAAUAGCCUACCAAAGUAUUUUCUAGUGCUGCAAAUUGAUGUUAAAAAAAAAGAGUCAAAUUCAAAACAUUAUAUUCAUAAACAGGGUUAGAAAUGUGUACUGGGCUGCAGAACUACCCGCAAUAAAGUAGAUUGAGCAGUCAGGUCCAUUACAUGAAUUGCAGAGAUGCAUGAACAAACAAAGUAAUGGAUCAUCCUCCCGCCCCAUACACAUACUGUAUUACACACACAUAUACGUGUUAUAUAAAAUAAAAUGGCAUUCUCAUUGGUGGCUGACAUUCCAUAUCUACAGAUUAAAAAUAAAUAAAUAAUGCAACCAGCGAGUUCUUCCUCAUGGUAUGCAUCGGUACAAACCAAGCCAUCUUGAGUAAUAUUGGUUACUUUUAUAAAUGUUUGUUUAUGAAGGAUUAAUGUAUAUUCAUGUUAUUCAUUUUAGUGUCCAAUAGGCACUCCUUUGCAUUUCAAAGGCUCAUCACAGGUGCAAUCCCCAGUUUAAAUUGUAAUUUAAACUUGUUUUAGUCUGGCCUAUGUGUACAUGAUUGAACAGGCAUGUAUCAGUUCCUGAGAUAACGAGAGCCCAUCCAUCUUCUACAGGACCGUUAUCCAAUGCACGAAAUGCCCUGCCACAGCGGCUUACAUUCCUAAAAGCUUCUUAACAGUAAUAGAAGCACAACAGGGUUAUCAAAAAUGCUUUUAUGAAAUUGAAAGAAAACUCCCACAAACAAUAAGGUUGACACUACAGAACUUUACUUGAAUUUGAUCCAAGUUCAUUGUCUAUACAGGGUAUUUACAAGAGUGAAAAAUGAAAACACACACACAAAAUACAGUUGAGGUAUAAGCUGAAAGCAUGAUAUAGUCUAUUAAAUGCCAUCCAUUAAGAUGGUUAGAGAGAUAGAUCUGUUUGCUUAUUUAUUUAUUUUUAUCAUGAGGUAGAGGACUGUCUUAUUUCAUGCAAUGCCAGAACAUUUGUUUCAUCACACUGUAUAUUAUUGGCAACAUUAGUAAGGUGUGCAAUAAUUAUAUAUAUAGACACUGUUUGAU